AUGUCAAAACUUGUUGUCUUUGGAGGAAGCGGAUUCCUGGGAAAGCGCAUAUGUGAGGCUGCCGUUGAGAGAGGCCUCAAAGUGGUCUCUGUGACUUCUUCCGGUUCGCGGCCUCGUCAAUUGCUCCCCGUCGAAGAGUGGCCAGAGAAAGUAGAGUGGGUCAAGGGCGACAUCUUCAAGCCCCACACAUACAAGGAUCUCCUCUCUGAUGCCAAUGCGGUUGUUCAUUCCAUAGGAAUAUUACUUGAGAACCCAAACUACAAGAAAGUGGUGCAAUCGAAUGACGACGUUCUUGGAGAGAUUCUGUCGUUCUUCAAAACAGCAAACCCCAUGAAAAAAUCGGUUUUCAACACCUACGACAAGGUGAACCACGAGAGUGCCAUCGUGCUUGCAGAAACUCUGCUGGAGGUCAACAAGUCGAAGCCUGCUUUCGCGUACGUUUCUGCAGAUCGUGGAUUUCCUGGUGUGCCGUUGGGCUAUAUCGAGUCGAAACGGAAAACCGAAUAUGAGCUCUACCAGAUGCAGCCCGCACUCAGACCGAUCUUGCUUCGCCCCGGAUUCAUGUAUGAUGAGCAUGCCGGCGGCGAUAGCCGCACCAAACUCAAAGAUCUGCUCCUUGCUGCCGCACGCGCAAACGAGACUGUGCUUGGCCAUGUUCUAGACGGCGUGAUAAGACCGCCCGUCAGUACCCAGACAGUGGCCAAAUGGUGCCUGGAUCGCAUUCAAGAUCCUGAGUUCCAUGGACCUGUGCUUCUGGAUGAGAUGACCCGCCAAUCUGGGGCACGGAUGUGA